AUGAAGAGGGAUGUCCAGCAAUAUGUGGCAAGUUGUGAGGUGUGCCAGAAGAAUAAGUAUCAAGCUUUAACUCCUGCUGGUCUGUUACAGCCAUUAACUGUUCCUCAAAGUGUUUGGGAAGAUAUUAGCAUGGAUUUCAUCACCGAGCUUCCCAAAUCAAAGCGGUAUGACACCAUUCUAGUAGUGGUGGAUAGACUCACAAAAUAUGCACAUUUCUUCCCUCUUGCCCACCCUUUUUCUGUAAAGGAUGUUGCUGAAAAGUUUGUAGCUGAGGUUGUGAAGCUACAUGGUUUCCCUAAAAUCAUAGUUUCAGAUCGAGAUAGGGUUUUCAUUAGCCAUUUUUGGCAAGAAUUGUUCAAACAAGCUGGAACUCAACUUUGCCUUACUUCAUCUUACCAUCCAGAAUCUGAUGGACAAACGAAGAUCAUUGAGCAAUUAUGGGAAAAUUUGGCUAAGGCUCAAAGCAAAAUGAAGGUGCAAGCUGACAAGCAUCGUAGGGAUGUGCAUUUCGAAGUGGGGGACCUUGUUUAUGUGAAACUUCGACCUUAUCGGUUGAAAACCUUGGCUCGGAGGGACAAUGAGAAGCUUAGCCCACGUUUCUACGGACCUUUCAAGGUUCUUGAAAAGAUCGGGACUGUGGCCUACAAGCUGGAACUCCUACCUACUGCCCGCAUUCACCCUGUAUUCCAUGUUUCUCAGCCAAAGCAAACAGUUUCAGCUGCUGUGGUACAACCUUCCAUUCCCCCAAUACUUUCUAAUGAAUUUGAAUUGCAGGUGCAGCCUCAAGAUAUAAGAAAGGUUCGCAAGCUUAUGAACAGACAGCGAGAGUUUCCAACUUUUUCCCUUGAGGAUAAGAUGAAACUCUUAGGGGAGGGUAAUGAUGGAGCCCAUUAUUUUCCUAAGACAUAUCAAAGGAAGUCAAAGGGGAGGAAUAACUCUAGUGGAAAUACUUUAACUGAUCCAAGGACUUAUCUGUCAGGCCGUAAGGAACAUGGGGGAGGAGAGGAGAAUGGAGUUGUGAGGAGAGACUGGCCUCUCGAAUGCCAGUGGUAG